AUGGGUGGUGCUAGCAGAGAAGGUGGCAAGGCCAAGCCUUUGAAGGCUGCUAAGAAGGAGAAGAAGGAGCUGGAUGAGGAUGAGAUUGCUUACAAGGAGAAGCUGAGAGCCGACGCCAAGGCCAAGAAGGACAUGAUGGAAGCCGCCAAGGGCAAGAAGGGUCCUCUCAACACCGGCCAGCAGGGCAUUAAGAAGUCUGGCAAGAAAUAA